CCCUGCGGAGGGUCGAGCCGUUGAUCCCCGUCAGGUGUCCCGGCGCCAGGACCGGGUCUACAGACUGUUGAGGGGGCAAAGUAGGAGCCUGAGGAGAGGAGGCCAGGCGACCCUGCCUCCCUCCGAGGCCAGCGCUUCUGAAUUCUGCUCGGCGUCCGGGCGUUCGCGCCCUCCUGGGGCCUCGGCCUUCUGAGGCGAAGGGGCCAGGGGAGGCCUGGGUUAGCGAGGCCAUGUCCGGCUCUGGCCUGCGCGGCCCCGCUCGUUCCACGUCAGCGCUUUGUCACUCCCGGCCGAGGGCCUGCGCGCCGCCGACAAGUACUCCCGAGGCGCUGGCCGAUGUGGGAUGGUGCAGGACUUCUGGGGGCCACAAUUGCUCCUUUUCCUGGAGAUGUGACCCAAGGUGAGCUGUUACACCCUCUUCCUGGCAGCCUGUGCUCCCACCCCGGAAUCCUGCGCUUCUUCUCUGUCCUGCCUCUCCAGUUUGCUUCUACUCCACUGGCUGCAGGGCACUGUCUCCAGGAGGCCCUGGUAAAGUAUCCCCGUAUUACCUGGGAGCAGUUAGCCCAUCGAUCUACCCAGUGGCUCUUCACUAGAGCGUCCCGACACGCCAGACAUCAGUCAUCUGUGAUUACUGACCGCCGCUGCCUCAGCCAAGCAUCUUCCCUUCGUUGUUUCUCUUUUCCUUUCCAACGUUCUUAUAAAGCUGGGCUGCUCCGGCAAUGGCUGUGGGGAAGAGAUGGAGAAGCCAUGAAGGCUCUGCUGAUUUUCACUGGAAUGAAAAGAGAGAGGACGAGAUCCAGAGAGAAGGAGGAAAUGCCAGUGGUUGCUGCUUCUGUGCGUGUCCCCAGCUCGGAUUGGGUGCGACGGUCUGCCUUCGACCCCGUACCCACGACAGACGCCCAGAAAAUCCGUUCUAAAUUAGUGACCCAGGCGGGCUCGCCCGCACAUCUCCGGAUUCGCUUCCCCACACCCUUUGAGCGCCUUGCGUUCGGGCGCGCAGCCGCGCUGGGCCCCGCUGACAGGCCCGGCUCACCCGGGGCGCUGAAGGGCCGAGGGAGGCCCUGGACCCCGCGAAGAGACAAGCCAGGAAGGCGCCCGGCGCUCCCGGAUCACCCGGCGAGCGUUUUUCUCACGUGA